UUUCGAAUUAGUAGCCUUUAUAAUCUCAAACCGACGCCCGCACUUUCCACCUUUUAUACCAAACUAUAACAAACAAACGCUCUCUCUCUAUAUUUUUGUAUUUGGGAAUCAGUGAGUUUGUUGGAGAAAUGCAGGCGAGGUGGGAGUCAUCACAGUCUCCGAGUUUCAAUAGUUACUCUAAUAAGAAUUUGGCUGAAAUUGCUGAUAGAGUUGUGCAAGAGUUCCGGGCUGAAAAUGGCACAGACGAGGAAUUUUUUGUUGAUGAUGAUGGAGGUUUGAGUUGUUUUGAGAGUGGAAGAAGGUUGAAUGAGAAGGAGGAGGAACAAGGAAAUGAAGAUGAAGAUGAAGAUGAAUUUGAGUUUUCAUUUGUAAAACAGUCUGAAAUUUCACCUGUUGCGGCUGAUGAAAUCUUCUAUAAUGGACAGAUCCGUCCAAUUUACCCGCUUUUCAAUAGGGAUUUAUUGUCGGAUUUCAUGAAUGGUAGAUCUAAUUCAAAUUCGACGUCGGAGGAGAUUUCUUCUGCUGGACCGAAAUCAAUUAGGCUUCCGUUACGGAAGCUUUUCAUGGAAGAAGAGCGAGAAGCUAACUUCUCGUGCUCGUCAUCGGAAGCCGAUGAUCUGGAAGGGAUUCCUGAGGGAACGUACUGCACGUGGAGGCCUAAACCGGAGGAAAAAUCUGCCGGAAGUUGUAAGAAGAGCAACUCCACAGGCUCCUCAAAACGCUGGAAGUUUCGUGACCUCCUCUACCGGAGCAAUAGCGACGGUAAGGAUACUUUCGUCUUUUUGACUCCUUCGUUCAGAAAGAAGGAAAACAAAGCAGAGAAGACGACGAUUGAUAAUGCACCAAAAGUUACCGCAAAAUCAAAGGGAAUUCCAGUGGCUGAUGGUUACCCGGCGAUGCAUUACGUGAAGAACGGAGGCGGCGAGAAAAGGAAAACAUACUUACCGUACAGGCAAGAUCUAGUCGGAUUUUUCGCUAACACGAACGGGACGAGUCGGAAUGUAAUGCCAUUGUGAUGUGAAUACGUGAUUAAUUAAUUAAGCUCCUUAUUAAUUAUGAUUACGUAGUUGAUUUGCUGGUUUUGGAGUGAUCAUGUAAGGAUUUAGAUUGAUUAAAUUAGAGAGUAAAUGAUGAUUAGAUCAUGAAUCGAUUGUCUGUAAAUAUCUGGAUAAGUUUUGUCCUUAUCCCAGUUGAUGAAUUAUAAAUGAAAUUUUCGUACUAGUAUAAAUUAUUUCUUAAUUCCAUUUAA